AGCCACCAGGUGGUGAGAGGGCUCCGUGUUACUGCUCUUCCUCCACCCAGUACCUCCGAUCUUUGUGGCCCUGCUCCUGGGAGGUGCUGGGCGUCAUUGCUCCGUACAGAGGACAGUCUGCAGCCACCUAUCCUAGUGAAGCAUCUCCUGCCUGGGUAAGGGGACCUUUUCUAAGUCAAUCUCCUUCCACUGACAUACCCAGGUGUGAUUAUGGACAUCCAGGUGUCUGGAUCUCUGCAGCUCUUGGUCCUCACAACAAGAGUGGCUGCCUGUGGUCAGGGCUGGGCUUGAGAACUGCCAGGUGAAGAGCUGUCAUCAUCCUCCUCCUCCUCCUCCUCCAAGGGUCUCACUCAGCUGGAGAGGUGACUGUGGCUUGAUUGCCUGCUUCUACCAAAGGUCAUUUGCACGUAACUGAGACAAAAAGAGAAAGAUACCAGCACCACAGCACACAUCCUCUGUGAAAUCAAGCAGCCUUUUGUGCUUCUGAUAUUAACAGAUAGCAUCCAUUUCAGCCCUGUGCUGCUCUCUAAGGCAGUAAUGUCCUCUUCAUCCUUGUCAGCAUUGCAGAUGGAGAUCUUCCAGUACAUUGAUGCAUAUCAAAGUGAUUUCAUCAAGGAUCUGAAGGAAUGGGUGGCUGUGGAAAGUGAUUCUGUUCAACCACACCUGAGGAGAGAAGUAAUGCGAAUGAUGGCACUGGCAGCAGACAGACUUGCAACACUGGGAGCCACUGUUAAUUUAGUAAACCUGGGGUCACAUCAGCUGCCUGAUGGUCAAGUCCUCCCACUUCCUCCUGUGCUUCUUGGAGAACUGGGGAAGGAUCCACAAAACCCCACUGUAUGUUUCUAUGGUCAUGUGGAUGUGCAGCCUGCCAAGAAGGAAGAUGGCUGGGACACUGAUCCCUACACACUGACUGAAAUCAAUGGAAACCUCUAUGGGCGUGGAACAACAGACAAUAAGGGACCAGUCCUAGCUUGGAUAAAUGCAGUAGAAACAUUUAGAGCCCUGAAAAUAGCUAUGCCAGUGAACUUCAAGUUUGUAAUUGAAGGCAUGGAAGAAGCAGGAUCCUUGGGGCUAGAGAAGCUACUUGAGGAAGAAAACCAGAGCUUCUUCUCUGAUGUUGAUUAUAUUGUAAUUUCAGACAACCUGUGGCUCAGCAACAAGAAGCCUGCCCUUACCUAUGGGAGUCGGGGAAACGCCUGCUUCUUUGUGGAGGUUGAAGGUGGAAGCAAGGACCUUCACUCUGGAACUUUUGGGGGCGUCAUUCACGAGCCGCUGCUGGACCUGAUAGCGCUGCUGGACAGCCUUGUGGAUUCCACAGGUCAUAUUCAGAUCCCUGGAAUCUAUGACAGUGUGGCUGCCCUGAGGGAGGAGGAAAGGAAGUUAUAUGAAUCGAUUGAAUUUGAUCUAGAGGAACAUAGAAAAAACUGUGGUGUGAAAAAAUUCCUCUAUGGCACCAAGGAAGAAAUACUUCUACACUUGUGGCGCUACCCCUCUCUCUCUAUUCAUGGGAUUGAAGGAGCUUUCCAUGAACCAGGCAUUAAAACAGUCAUUCCAGCAAAAGUAAUUGGCAAAUUCUCAAUCCGUCAGGUCCCCCACAUGGACCUUUCAGUUGUGAAAAAACAGGUGGUGGAACACUUGGAGGGUGUCUUUUCCAAGAGGAACAGUCCAAACAAGCUGAAAGUGUCCAUGCCUUUGGGUGCAAAGCCCUGGCUUGCUGAUGUUAAUGAUCUGCUAUAUAAAGCAGCCAGAAGGGCAAUAAAAACAGUUUUUGGAGAAGAUCCAGAUUUCAUUUGUGAUGGCUCAACAAUUCCUGUUGCCAGAAUGUUUCAGACUGUAACACAGAAAAGUGUGGUGAUGCUUCCGAUUGGAGCGGCCGAUGAUGGGGAGCAUUCCCAGAAUGAGAAAAUAAGCAGACACAACUAUAUUGAAGGAACCAAAUUGUUUGCAGCUUUUUUCCUGGAGAUAUCAAAGCUACAUCAGAACUUAUAUGAAACUUCCCACACAGAGACUAUCAACUGACAGACCAUAUCAAGAAAAUCUGCCAAGCACUUUCUUAAAUUUUCUGACUUAAAUAAAACAUAUAAAUCACA